AUGUCUGGACGUGGGAAGCAAGGGGGCAAGACCCGGGCCAAAGCCAAGACGCGCUCGUCGCGGGCCGGCCUGCAGUUCCCGGUGGGCCGCGUCCACCGCCUGCUCCGCAAGGGCAACUACGCCGAGCGGGUCGGGGCCGGCGCGCCCGUGUACCUGGCGGCCGUGCUCGAGUACCUGACGGCCGAGAUCCUGGAGCUGGCGGGCAACGCGGCGCGCGACAACAAGAAGACGCGCAUCAUCCCGCGCCACCUGCAGCUGGCCAUCCGCAACGACGAGGAGCUCAACAAGCUGCUGGGCCGCGUGACCAUCGCGCAGGGCGGCGUCCUGCCCAACAUCCAGGCCGUGCUGCUGCCCAAGAAGACCGAGAGCCACCACAAGGCCAAGGGGAAGUAAAGUCUAGCACAAACA